AUGGCUAUACCCUCCAGUAUCAAAUGGCUAGUAGCUAUAUUUCUCCUUAUAUCACACAAGACAAUUCCAUUUGCGUAUGUAAUUAGAUUUUACUAUCAUGUUUUAACAGGUUUAUCAUCAUCAAAAUUAAAUAUAUCAAAAGAUGCUCAAAAAUUCAAUUCAUUUGGUUAUAAUCAACCAUCAGAUUUAUUCAAAACUAUAGUAUUAGAUUCAAGAGUAUCACCAUUAGAAAUAGAUAUGUAUUUACAUAAAUCAAAUUCAACAUAUUUUUUAGAUUUAGAUAUAGCAAGAACAAAAUUAUUAAUUAGAAUUAUACAACCAUAUUGGUGGUAUGCAUUUGCAAAUGAUCAUGGACAAUUUGGAGGUGGUACUAAGAAAAAAUAUAGUAUAUCAAAUUUCCCAUAUGUACCAGUAGCAACAGUUCAAUGUCAAUUUAAAAAAGAAUUAAAACCUUUCCAAAAAUUUAAAAUAAAUUCAAGAAUUUUAGCAUGGGAUAAAAAAUGGUUAUUUGUAUUGUCGGUUUUCACAACCUACGAUAAAAAAACUAAAAAAUUUGAUAAAAUAAAUGCUAUAGCAUUAACUAAAUAUGUUUUUAAAAUUGGUAAAUUAACUAUUUCACCAAUUGAUAUUUUAAAUUAUUGUAAUUUUAUAAAUGAUGAAAAUUUAAAAAUUAAUGAAAAAAAUUAUAAUUUAGUUAAAUAUUUAGUUGAUACUGAAGAUUUAGAAAAAUUAGCUUCAUUAUCUGUUUAG